CCGCCCGGGGCGCGUAGGGCGGAGCGGCUCCAGCCUGGCCCCUGCCCUCCCCGAGCCGCCGCCGAGCCCCGCUCUCUCCCCGCCGCCAUGACUUCCCUGACCCAGCGCAGCUCCGGGCUGGUGCAGCGCCGGACCGAGGCCUCCCGCAGCGCCGCCGCUGCCGAUAAGGAGCGGGGCGCCGGCGGCGGCCCGGAGGAUGAAGGGCGCCGGGACGAGUCUGGCGACGACGAGAAGGGCGAUUCCAAGGAAACGCGGCUCACCCUCAUGGAGGAGGUGCUGCUGCUGGGCCUCAAGGACCGUGAGGGUUACACGUCGUUUUGGAACGAUUGCAUCUCCUCGGGAUUGCGUGGCUGUAUGUUAAUUGAAUUGGCAUUGCGGGGGCGUCUCCAGCUGGAGGCCUGUGGAAUGAGGCGCAAAAGUCUGCUAACAAGAAAGGUGAUUUGCAAGUCAGAUGCACCUACAGGGGAUGUUCUGCUUGAUGAAGCUCUGAAACACAUAAAAGAGACCCAGCCUCCUGAAACAGUACAAAAUUGGAUUGAACUGCUUAGCGGUGAAACAUGGAACCCACUGAAGUUGCACUACCAACUACGAAAUGUCCGUGAGCGGUUAGCUAAAAAUCUAGUGGAAAAAGGUGUACUGACAACAGAGAAACAGAACUUCCUUCUUUUUGACAUGACUACACACCCUCUCACCAACAACAACAUCAAACAGCGCCUCAUCAAGAAGGUUCAGGAGGCGGUUCUUGACAAGUGGGUGAACGACCCCCACCGCAUGGACAAGCGCUUGCUGGCGCUCGUGUAUUUAGCCCACGCCUCUGAUGUCCUGGAGAACGCUUUUGCCCCCCUCCUGGAUGAGCAGUAUGAUUUAGCCACAAAGAGAGUGCGGCAGCUCCUGGAUUUAGACCCUGAGGUUGAAUGUAUGAAAACCAACACGAAUGAGGUUCUGUGGGCUGUUGUAGCAGCUUUCACAAAGUAACUGCAUUCAGACUGAAGUGUUCUCUCUUUUUUCAUGUAAACCAGUUGUUUCUCUUUUAUUGACUAUUCAUGUUUUCUGUAAUUUGUACCUUCUCACAUGAUGAAUCGGCUUUUGUUUAAUGGGAAUUAUAAGUGGUGUAUUCCCUGCUUCUCUAUCUGUAUACAGGAUUCUACUGGUACAAGAGACUUUCCUGUUUAAAACAACAGAAGAAGGGUUAACUGCCAUAUUGGCAUUCCAUUUCCUAUUCAGUUUGAGUUACCUUAAAUACUUUAAUUUCUCACCUCAUUGUUAUUGAAGUGGUUUGUCACCAAAGCCUCAUGUUGAAGUGUCUGUUUGGACAUUUUAUAUACAGUUGUUUUCAAUUAUAUCUAACAAAAUUACUUAAAAAACAGAAAUGCCAUUAAGCAGCUUUGUCAAUAGUUCCUGUAAAAUGCCCCAUAAAUUUUAAUUUUCAUGCAAGUCUCUCGUGUACUUAUAUUUUCAUUAGAACGAUAGCUGAGUCAUAAGGCUAGUAUAGAAAGGUCCAAUUGUUUCAUAAACCAGUUUUGGGAGGGGAUACAUUCCAUUAUAUUGUAUAUAUAGUUCAAAUUGUAUAUUAACAACUCCCCAUCUUAGUAUUUUGCAAGAUCUACUUACUUGUACACCUGGUGCCCCUUAUUUGCUGUCAGCUGUUGCCAUCUGUUGCAAGGAAAGGCCUCCUGCAGAGGUCCUGUGUGUGAAAGCUGUUUGUUUCCAGGGUCUCUGCAGUUUGCCACCCAGGUAUUCUCAGUCUAUGCAUUGCCUUUGAAAAUUAGUGAAUGGAAAGAGGCUGCUUUCUAUCAUUGGUACCUUUUUAUUUCCCUCCAUUUCUGUGUGGAAGGGACUCAUAACCAGUGCAAUUCUUGAGUGCAGUUUUAAGUUUUGUACACAAAUUAAUGUUUGUCUCUUAAAUCUUAAACUAUUUUACUCUUUAAAAACAAAGAGUCAGUCCUAGCAGGUGUUGCAUGUAAAGGGUUAGCAAGUAAUGGCAGCAGUUCAGACAAUUCAGAUAUCUGUAAUGGGAUGCUCUGCUAUAUAUUAAUUUUUACAUAUACAAUUAAGCUGAUUAGCACACUAUUGUAAAAAACCCCAAAACCUAUAUAGAACUCUGGCUUUUUGAAAUUUAUUGCCUCUUUGCCACUGCUUGUUAUUUCCCAUUGGUUUCACAGUGUAAAUAUUAUGAAUUGAAAAAAUUAAACAUUGAUUUCUAUGCCUUUUUUCAUUAUAAAAAUGCAGAUUUAUAGUGGGGCUUACAGGUGUUUAGAAGCCUUUUGGUUAAUAUUCAGAGCAAGAAUACUAGAUGGUGUAUAACUGUAGAGUUGAAAUUUAAGAGAUCCCUUAAUCUGUAUACUAGCUUUUUACCUACAGUAAAUAAACUAUGAUCUUGAAAGUG